UUUGUUUAGGUAUCGUCAUCGUCACUUUAUAAAAUUUCAUUUCUCACACUGUAGAUUCGUACGGACUAAGCCGCUACAACAGUGAGUUGAUUGGAGUACAGGAAGAAGACAAGAAUUUCGAAUGUUAGGCCUGUGAAAUAAAUCAUGGCUGCAGAAAUUAGAACGAAAACAAAAACUCGGCGACCAGUUUUACUUAAUAAACUUGAAGGAUGUGGAGCCGUUGUGACAAAAGCAGUGAUUAUUCCUAAAGAAGAUGGCGUUAUUAGCGUAUCGGAAGACAGAACGUUGCGUGUUUGGUUGAAAAGAGACUCAGGACAGUAUUGGCCAAGUAUUUGUCACACAAUGCCUUCAAGUUGCUCCACAAUGGAUUUUAACAAAGAAACACUGAAGCUCUUUGUAGGAUUAGAUAAUGGCACCAUUUCAGAAUUCUCACUCUCUGAUGACUACAACAGACUCAUCUUCCGAAGAGAUUACUUAGCUCAUCAAAGUCGUGUGACAGCAGUGGUCUUUUCCGUGACCUCAGAACUCGUUCUAAGUGUUGGUAGAGAUAAGUACUUGCAGUGGCAUUGUGCAGAGUCUGGACGAAGACUAGGAGGGUAUCAAUUUGGAGCCUGGUGCACAUCACUGGAAUUUGAUUCAGACUCUAGACAUGCAUUUGUUGGUGACUAUUCUGGCAAUAUAACAGUCAUUAAAGUUGAGGACAAUGACCACCAGGUCAUCACAACUCUUAAAGGUCAUUCCGGGAGUAUACGCUCUUUAUCAUGGGAUCCUCAGAGACGACUUCUGUUCUCCGGUAGCUUUGACCAGUCCAUCAUUGUGUGGGACAUUGGGGGUAAUCAAGGUACUGCUUAUGAACUACAAGGACACACUGGAAAGGUUGAAGGUUUGUGCUACUCACGCCGCAGUAAUCAACUACUAUCAAGUGGAGAUGAUCAACGAAUUGUCGUCUGGAAUAUGGAGGCUAAAAGGCAAGAGACACCCGAAUGGGUAGAGAAUGACAUUUGUGAGAAGUGUGCUCAACCGUUUUUCUGGAAUUUUAAGGAAAUGUGGAAUAAGAAGGAACUUGGUGUAAGACAGCAUCAUUGUAGAAAAUGUGGAAAAGCAAUUUGCGAUAAGUGCAGUUCAGAUCGGUCCACUUUACCGAUUCUGGGAUUUGAAUUUGAAGUGCGGGUUUGCCGUGAUUGUUACAGCGAAAUCACAGAAGAAGAUCGAGCUCCACUUGCAAGCUUCCAUGAUGCCAAACAUUCAGUAAUAUCCAUGCACCUAGAUGAUGUCAAAGGUCAAAUGGUUACCUGUGGAACAGAUAGAGUAAUAAAGCUUUGGGAUGUAUCAUCAGUAAUUGCAUGAGAUCAAGAUGAUUUUAACCUUUUGCUUUCUCACCAUUAAUCCCUCGUCAUCAAGAUCAUGUCUUGUAUGUCCUUAUGAGCCACGUGACCCAUUUCACAACGGAUGGUUUUCUGGCCAAGAUUUGUGGAUGAAAAUUCUGAUCCAAAUUGUAUGCAUUGUGUAGAUCCAUCCAGAAGUCAAAAAAAUGAUUGAUUGCCAAGCGACGGACUGAUUGACAGCUCCAAGUGUAACCAAGUAAAUGUCUAAAAUAUAUUGAUUAUAGAUUUCUAAAUAUAAAAUCCCAAGUGUGUAAAUUAAGACAUUACUUUAUCCAAAGGUUAAAUUGUAAGUAAUAAACUCAUUCAUAAAUCUAACAUAGAAAUAGUGAUGUACUAGAAGAAGGCUAUUUAGAAGUGGAUAAUAAGGAUAUAUGCCUGUUGCCUCACUGUGUUUCCAUUUGUUUCGUACCAGAGUUGAAUGUAAUGUGUAAAUUCUGUAUAAUUCCUGUUUAAUAAUGAGUAAAAUGGAAUAUUUUAUUGAAAUAAUGUUGAAUUGAAUUCAUAUGUUCAUUAAAGGAGUACAAAACAGGAUUUUAGUGAAUUAAUUUGAACAACCAAAAAAAAAAAAAACAAAGAUUCAAUUUUCAGAUGGUCAUCAUGAAAUUGUGAAUAUUCAUUGUCAUGUGAUGUAUAUGGAUUGAUGUAAUUGGUGGAGCUUAGACCCAUUAAUGCAAACCACUGUUCCAUAUGAGGUAUAUAUAUAUAUUUUAAGCCUUAAAUGUUUGUACUAUUUUUAUUGAACAAGUUUGUAAAAUUCUUUAUGUUAUGAAAAUGAUUUUAUCAGGAUUGUGUUGAUAAACAAACAGUUUCCCACUAGGAUAAGAAAAUACUAUAAAUUUUGAUUUAAUAAAGUUAAAUUUUAUAUUUUAAUUGCUUACUUUGUAUAUUUAAUUAAGUUAGUUUCGUUUGAAAAUUAGAACGAUAAUAUACUUGGCAGUUAAUAGAUUCAUAUUAAUUCCUUUCAAAGAUCCUAAAAUUGGUUGGUAAUCAAUUUUAUGGAUUUUGGAAGUCUGUAGAAGCCAGUUCAUCACUGCACCCGAUGGUUGAUGCAAUUCAAUGGAUACGCAACAUGCUCGCCACCUAUAGAUUUUAAUGACAAUUCGUUCAGAUAGCCACUGACUAUCAACUGACAGCAUCGCGUUGUCUAAUGCUGACAGGACUUGAUACUUUUAAUUGGCCAAUUAAAUGUCUUGUACCAAAUUCACAUGAGAAAAAAUGUAAUACAACAUCCCGUGUUAAGGCAAAUUUAGCAUGCAUCUUCUGCUACAGUGCGUCCGUGUUAAUGCGCAUUCGUGUAAGAUUAGCACGCUUUCAUGCAAUAUUCAAAACCAGCCAUUCAUAAACAAUGCAAAGGAAAGAAAAAAUUGUUAAGGCUGGUUUUACUGUUUCAGAUUUAAGUCAGUGCUGUUUCACUGGGUGCAAGGAAUUGUAAAGCAAUUUGUAAAUUUUUAAAGAUGAUGAUAUAUAAUGUUGUUUACAACAGUCAUAAUUUCUUGCGUGAAUUUUCAACCAAAUAUAAAUCAAAUCUUAUUUCACUCAUAUUUCCUCAUCAUUUUGAAGCACAUUCACUAAUUUUUUUACAUUAUUUUAUACAAUAUUAUAUUAUGCUAAUUAUAAUCAGAGUAUCUAUUAUAAUUCUAUGAUUUUUGUAUUAUGAACAUCAUAACCAUAUGUAUAAGAAUUAAAUUUGGUAACCAAUUUA